CGUCAACAGACAUCCCACUCCCUUGUGACAGGAGCUUGACUGCGAAACUGAUUCAAGAGAGACUUACCUUCCAUCCCGACUAUUACAAGUCAUCACAACUGCUCCUUUCCUACAAAUCAAGUCGGAAUUGGUCAUCCUUACCCCUUUCUGUUGACGACAUCAAUAACUGCAACCAUGGCCGACAAGAAGGAGAAUACUCCACCCAUCGCUCUGAACCGUCUCAAGCAGAUUGCCAAUGAUGCUUGCCAAAGUGCUCUCGGCAGUGUCGAGUACUAUGACCAUUCCAAGACAACGCAGUGGAACAAUACCAUUAUCAACAGCAUCCUCCGCGCUGUGAUCUCCGAGUCCACCCCUGAGAAAGCCUCUGCGCCCGCCUUCAAGUUCGCCAUCAACAGCACCAUCGUCCAGCAUCUGGUACCAACGUCCCAGCUGAACAAGGCCAAGGGCACCUCGACCGGCACAUCCACAGAGGGCGAGAGCAAGGAUGCAGCCUCCGAGUCCGCCAGCACGACGACCGCGACCGCCACCGACGGCAAGCCGCACGUGGGCCGACGGGGUAUGCAUAGCGCCACGGGCGCCUACUGGAACGAGGAGACGGACGGUAUGUGGAGCUAUAAGUACGACGGCGAGGCCAAGGGGCUGGACGUUGUUAUCAUGCUGAUAUGGAUCGCCAUCUGAACCUCUGGCCCCAAGGCUGAGGUGCUAUGCGGGCGAUAGCGUAUAAUCAACGAGAAAAUGCUUUCAGAACGACUGCGUACAUUACCGCUGUGUGUUGGCUAGGUCUCGAGGGCAUAUUACCUACGAUGGCAGCGCGGACUCGGCAAAGUCUGCUCAUCAUGCAUGAAACGGAGUUUUGCCUUGUUGAAGAGAGAUGCAAAGGAAGCCCCAAGACGUUCAUGAUCUUUUCGAAGCCAAGACACAUUAAGAAGGACGGGUCGAUUGGGCAUGGCAGAUGUAGGAUAUCUUCCAUUUGUACAAAUUCAAAAGCUAUCAUAC